AUGAGCCGCGGCAAGGAUGUCUCCGUCCCUCCCCAGUCAUCUAACCUUCCUUCCUCGAUUUUCAUUGACCACGAUGCCGAUGUCCGUCCCUGGAAGGGGGUGCCGACUCCCGACGACGACGUCCCACUCGAUACAGAUUCAGCCAUGCCGGGCUCCUUAGUCACUCCCCGCCAUCCCUUACCGGGGCCGAACUCCAGAUUCCCUCCCCGCCAUCCGGGGUCGAACAGAUUCCCUCCCGGCCAUCCGAUGAAUCCCAAUCCGGUAGAGUGGAACUCCCGCAACCCCUCAUCCCAAGCCUCAGGUUGUUUCUCCUUGAUUAGCUCCUUGUCGUCCAAGCUCCACUUUGAUCAACCUUCGAGUAUCUGCAGCGGCGGCGUCCCCGCCUACAGCCGCACCAUAUAUGGGCCGAGAGAAGUUCGGGACAAUUUCCACCGUAACCUAAAGGAAGAUGAGUUUAAGCGAGUUCUUGCCAAGAUCGAGAUGAUCUACCGCGAGGUGGAGCUUGACAGCGACGAACUGGAGAGCGGCUACUGCUGUUGCUUGGGCCUUCUGAAUCCCAAAGCAAACAUCCUCGUCAACAGCUCUAUUUUCUGUAGCAAUGCUUCGUCGUCGCCGGCCAGUAAGGGAGGAGACAUGGCCCAGCGGUCGCUAGACGGCCUCAUCACCUUCCUAACUUGCCUCUUCCCGUACCUCCCAGUCGCGGAGGCCUUGGCGUACCUUGACGCUGUCGACGCCGACCCCCUUGCCGCCGCCGCCCUCAUCAUCGCCAGACGUGGACGGAACUACUGCUGGAUGGACCCUACCAUUGCCGCCGCUACCAUGGCGAUGGCCCUCAAAUGCGGAGCAGUUGCCGCCCAACAUCCAGACUCAUCCCUACUAGUGAAAGGAUGGACGAGUCUUUCACAUUACCUGCAUCAGAUCGCCCGUCCUCUGUCAGUCCCCCGUCCUGACUUCAUUACUGGGAGUUUCGUACUCCGCAGCAUUCGAAAUGAAUAUUGCAAUCUUGAGGUCCAAGCUGUGUGGGAACUUGCAGAUGACAGGCUUCGUGCAAAGCUUAAGUUUUCUGAUGGUGGCUUACGCUUACCCACAGGGUUUCCUCCUGUCCGCGCAGCCAUGAAGCGCAUGCUCCUUGCGAAAAUCCAUGGAUUCUACCUGAAAGCACUGUGCAGUCUCCCCAAGGAUGAGCUGACCGGGAGCAACAGUUUUGGUCAUAGGAUUAACAUGGUUUCAACAUGCACACAUAACCAGGGGCGGAUUCAGAACGGGGCUGCGCCCCGGGCUAAGCUGCUGAUUCACGUUCAAAACAGUCUGAUCUUGCUUCCUAGGCCUUCUUUUGUCUAA